AUGGUUGUACAUGAGUCGCGGGAAACAGAGGCAGUUGAAACUCCCGACGAUCGCAUCGCGAUAAACGCGAAGGUGCUGUCUACAGAGUCAAGGGUUUCACCGAACUCUGAAUGUCACGGGUCGGGGAAAUCAGAAAAGCAAUGUUGCAUGCAACGUCCCGCAAUGUGUUUCUGUCUUGGCUAUCCGGGGAAACAAGGCUUGUUGUGA